AUGUAUGAGUCACCAAAAUGUGAAUCGGCGGAAUCUAACGGGUCUCCUGAAUUUCCAAGCAAUGGAUUUGCUGCUCAGCGAGCUCAAGCAACUGAAGAGGUCCGGCUUCCCAUCAACUUGAGGGUUCACAACUGGGAGAUUAUGUGGUCAGGAACUUCCUGGAUGUGUGGGAAACAGCUCAAACAUUACCCAUCAUUUUGUAGGAAUGGGACAACAAUAGGGGUGCAAUCUUUUGUCUUUGUCAUGAGCAAAGGGGAGGACAGGUACGUUGCAUAUCUGGAAGAUAUGUAUGAGGACAAGCGUGGCCUAAAAAAGGUCAAGGCCAGGUGGUUUCACUACACAAAAGAAGUUAAGGGUGUAGUUGCUCUAAAAAACCCACACCCAAAAGAGGUUUUCAUCACCCCUCACUCACAGGUCAUCAGUGCAGAAUGUGUUGAUGGUCCUGCCACUGUCUUGACCCGCGAGCAUUACGAGGAGUGUGUAGCGUCUUUUCCUAAUUCUUUAUUGGCAAGGGUACACAUGUGCUAUCGGCAAUUUAGGAACAGCAAAGUUAAACCUUUUGAGUUGAGUAAACUGCGUGGAUACUUGGACCAACCGAUUAUGUCUUGCUUAAGUUCGAUGGAGGCUGGUUCUGUAGACUGUGCCGUGAGUAAAGAGGAAGAUGAAGAAUGUAGUGAGGGUGAGAAUGUCAUGGUUGGUGCUGAGAGGAGCAAGAGAAAACAAGCUGGAAUGAUGUCUAACCAUCUCUUAACAACCUAUGAAUCUUCAUGUAAGAGACUCAAAAUCGAUGCCUCGGGAAAAAGGUUUACUUCCCCAACUGACGUACAGAAAAAUCCAUGUUACAAUGGAGUGAUUAAGGCUGAUGCAAAAAUAGAGUUCCUGUGUCAAGAUAGCGGUAUUAGAGGCUGCUGGUUUAGAUGCACUGUCCUGGAAGUAUCAAGGAAACAGGUAAAACUCCAGUAUGAUGAUAUCGAGGACGAGGAUGGAUAUGGAAACCUUGAGGAAUGGGUGCCGGCUUUGAAGCCUGCUAUGCCUGAUAAGCUUGGUAUGCGAUCAUCCAACCGCCCAACAAUCCGGCCUGCUCCUGCUGAUGCUAGAACAGCAAAUAUUUAUCCUACAGUUGGUGAAGCUGUUGAUGCGUGGUGGAAUGAUGGAUGGUGGGAAGGUGUUGUAAUUGCCACUGACAAACCGGACGCUGAGGACUUGCAAAUAUAUAUCCCUGGGGAGAACUUAUGCUUAACAGUGCACAGGAAGGAUAUUCGUAUUUCAAGAGACUGGGUGGGAGACAGCUGGGUUGAUAUCGAUCCUAAACCUGAGAUACUCUCUCUUGUAUCUUCUGAUAUUAGCCCCGAAGCCAAGCUUUCCAUGUCGUCCACUCUUGCAAAAGAUGCCAAGGCAAAGCCCAUUGCUAUGCCAGAUAUUGUCGAGGAGGCAAAACCUGAAGGCGACAAAGCUGACAAUGCCCUUUUAGAAGAAGAGAACAAAGAGCAUAAAGAUGAUGGGGUUGUUAAGGAGGAUGAUGAAAGCAGACUUUCAGUAGUAGAAGAGGAUAAAGAGCUUGGGAGUAACCAAACUAAUAACACCUAUGUCAACCAUGAAAAUACCGUGCAGGACCACAAAGAAGAUGAUGAUGUUACCCUUAAUGAUGAGAAGCCCCGCAAAUCAGAAUCAGUCUUCACCCUAUCAAAAACUACUACCACGCUGGUGACAACGUAA